GUUAUCAAAACAUGGCAAUGCUUUUGCAAGCAAGAAGAAUAUUAACACAAACCCUGCCUAGAUGCAACUCAAACUCAUCGCAAGCCUUCGUUAAGUUACUAGGAUCAGCAACGCGGGGCUUGCACGAUAAUGUCCCGAGAAGUAAGUUGUUCGAUCCGAAUGCGACGUCAGGGAAAGUCAUCACUUGCAAUGCUGCCGUUGUUCGGGGUCCGAAACAACCUUUUCUCAUGGAAACAAUCCGAGUUGAUCCCCCGAAGAAAAUGGAGGUCCGAAUCAAAAUCCUCUACACUUCAAUCUGCCACACUGAUCUAAGCGCUUGGAAAGGCGAGAAUGAAGCUCAGCGAGCAUAUCCUCGAAUUCUAGGACACGAAGCUGUUGGGCUGGUUGAGAGUGUAGGUGAAGGUGUCACGGACCUUAAAGCGGGCGACCAUGUGAUUCCAAUCUUCAAUGGAGAAUGUGGCCACUGCCCCUACUGCACCACUAAGACAACCAAUCUCUGCCAAACUUAUCGUGUCAACCCGUUCAAGAGUGUGAUGGAAAAUGAUGGAAAGUGUAGGUUUUCUACCAUGAAUGGAGAGCCCAUAUUCCAUUUUCUCAACACAUCAACUUUCACCGAGUAUUCUGUGCUUGAUUCUGCCUGUGCUGUCAAGAUUGAUCCCAAUGCUCCCCUCAAGAAGAUGAGCUUGUUAAGUUGUGGUGUCUCUACCGGAGUAGGAGCUGCAUGGAAUGCUGCCAAUGUACAACCUGGAUCAAGUGUGGCAAUUUUUGGUUUAGGGGCCUUGGGACUUGCAGCUUCCGAAGGAGCACGAGCCAGAGGAGCAUCCAAAAUAAUAGGUGUUGAUAUCAACCCAGAAAAGUUCGAUAAAGGCAAGGAAAUGGGAAUGACUGACUUUGUAAACCCAAAAGAUUGUUCAAAGCCAGUGCACCAGAGAAUCAGGGAAAUGACUAGUGGAGGUGUGGAUUACAGCAUUGAGUGUGCAGGGAAUGUGGAGGUUCUCCGAGAAGCCUUCUUGUCCACUCAUGAUGGCUGGGGAAAGACGGUAGUCGUCGGGAUUUAUCCCACUCCUAAAAUGUUGCCUCUCCAUCCAAUGGAGUUGUUUGAUGGUCGGAGCAUCUCUGGGACAACCUUCGGAGACUUCAAGGGAAAGAGCCAACUUCCUGAACUUGCCAAAGCCUGCAUGAACGGGGUUGUGAAUCUAGAUGGGUUCAUCACGCAUGAACUUCCGUUUGAGAAGAUAAAUGAAGCUUUCCAGCUGCUCGGUGAUGGGAAGGCACUGAGAUGUCUUCUGCACGUUUGAGGUCUAAUAGGCAAGCACUUGAAGGCUAAUGGCAUUGACAUGGCAGCAAGUAGUUUGUUGAACAUUUGUAAUGUACAUUAAUUGUACAUGCAUACAGAAGAAAAUUGAAAUUCAUUUAUUAAUUUCUGUCAAUAACAACACCAUUAGAGUUGUUUUUA